AUGCAACCUAAACAAUUUAUUAACAAGUGUUCAACCGCGAUUGAAAAUGAGGAUCUGGAGGUAACGUUGUCGUCUCGUCAAGAGUUUGUUGAAGCGUUCGGUUUGCCCGACGGUGGCUUUGGUGUGCGUGGUCCAGACGGCAUACUGCACGAUCCGUUUACUUACCUGGACUAUGGAACUGAGUCUGCCGAGGAUGAAACCGACGAAGAAACCAGCGAGGAAGAGGAAGAAGAGGAGUACGACACCGAUGAGUCUGAAGUGCUCAUUACCGAUGGAGAUAUGGAAAGGAGAAUACGUUCGUCUGAAAUAUCGUUAGAAGACUUUCCGUGGCCGGGUAGCUCUUACAACCCUAAGGACACUCUAUUCAGAUACCUAGCCGCCAUUGGACGCAAGUCGCUCACUAGCGUGCGACUUGCUGAAAGAUCAACAUGGGUAGAAAAAGAAGUUUAUCAACAACACCUGAAUAAUGUCGAAAACGCAACCCCUAAGGUGGACAACAAAGCACCUAUACUUAAUGUCGGAGCUUAUUAUCAAAUAGGGAAAAUGGAACGAAAUGCAAUGCAAUUAGCACGCUUAGAAGAAGAUAAUUUUAAACUAAUUAAGAGUAUUAACAUUAUCAAUCGCACAAAGGGGAAAGUUGAUUGUUAUAAACCAGUUUCAAUGGACAAAAAGAAAAAUAACUUUGAAGCUCAAAUUAUAAGAAAUCGUAAACUGUAUAAGGACAAUAUAGAGAUUCUGACAAAAAUAGUUUAUGCAAAGCCACAACUGAAUUUUAGUGAACUUAAAAAGUUUCAAGAAGAACAUAAGAAAAGACUACUGUUUAUGACUAAAUAUCCAGAGUAUUAUGAAAAAAAAAAUAGCAUGAAUGCUAAUAACGAUAAAAUAAUUCCAAAAGUGGCAUUACCUAAAGAUAUUGAAAUAAUAAAAUCAAAGUGUUUUUUUGAUAUCAAAGAUGCAACUAUUAACAAGUAUUUGGGUCGUCUCAAAAUUGAAAUAUACGAUAGUGUUGUACCAAAAACCGCCCAAAACUUUAAAGCUCUAUGUAGUAAUGAAAAUAAAUACUCAUAUCAAAAUACACAGUUUUUUCGCAUAGUCCCAGGAUUAUUUUGCUUAGGAGGCGAUGUUGAAUUUUCUAUUGGAUUAGGUGGAGUGUCAAUUUAUAAUGAAAAUUUUAGUGAUGAAAACUACAUUCUUAGUCAUAAUGCGCCUGGUGUUUUAUCAAUGUAUAAUUUUGAGAAAGAUAAGAAUAAUUCUCAAUUUCUUAUAACAUUUAAACCAUUGAACACAUUAAAUGGGAGAUAUGUUGUUUUUGGAAAGGUUGUUGAUGGACUGAGAAUUUUAAAAACAAUAGAAAAUUUUGGGCUUCCUACUGGUAAACCGAAGCGGAAAAUUAUUAUUAGCAAAUGUGGAAUCCAAUAG